AUGAAGGGAGUUUUCUGUCCAGUCUUUCACCCCACAAAGGAAGAAAUGAAAGAUUUCCAAGGGUAUAUAGAGAAAGUUGAAGGUUUGUCCGAAGGAUUCGGGAUGGUAAAAGUAGUGCCUCCUGAAGGCUGGAAAGCCCGAAAAAGAGGAUACAAAGAUAUAAAUGUCCAAUUAACAAACCCAAUUCGUCAGCAUGUUCGAGGUCUCGCCGGUAUAUACAGCGUUUAUCUCAUCUCUGAAAAGUCAAUGGACCUAGAUUCGUACCGAAACUAUGCAAUUUCUAGAGAUCCCAAGCAGAAUCUCUCAGACGAAGAAAUAGAAAUGCUUGUAAUUUUUAUGCAGUUUUGGAAGCAAAUCCGGUAUGAUUCUCCUAUCUAUGGUGCUGAUAGCAAUGCUGAGACCUUAUUUGACUCAGAUAGUGAGUGGAAUUUGUCACAGCUUGAUACAACACUAUCGUAAUUCAUAUUCAGAAAAGGGCUGCAUCCUUAUAAAUUAGCUGGAAUUAAUAUGCCAUUUAUUUAUGCAGGUUGCUGGAAAAGUAUGUUUUGCUGGCACAAAGAGGAUAUGGACCUUUACUCUAUUAAUUAUCUGCAUUUUGGGAAGCCGAAGUUCUGGUACUGUAUCCCACUAGAGGAAUCUGAAAGAUUUGAGCGUUUCUGCCAGUUUCAUUUUCAUGAUGACUAUAUAGACCAUACCCCUAUAUAGAUCUCUUUAUAGAACAGAUUGUAAUGGAAUGUUGAACGGCCAAGACUCAAACGGACGAGCUGGAUCUUAUAAAGGGUGUGUUAGGCCAAAAAUGGUUGACAAUUGUGGAAAUAAGUUGGCAAGUAAUCCCACCAAUUUUUUAAAAUGGCUUUAUUAUUAAAUUAAUUUUAAAUUUAAAAUACCCUUUUAGGCUGAAUAUAAUAAAUAUAAAAAUCAUUGUUUAUUUAAAAAUUUAUCCUUCUGCAAAAAGCAACUAGAUCGAAUAAGUUGCUAAUUUUUAAAUCAGUUUAAAUUGCUAAUGAGCAUAAUAUGAGCCAUUAAGAGUUUCAUAAAAAAGAAGCCAUGUUCAAUACAUACUUUGGAUUUUAUAGAGCAUUUGAUCAUAAGAAAAUUAGCUUUGUUUAUUUAAAAAUCUAUCCUACCACAAAAAAGCAACUCGAUCAAUAAGUUUUAAUUUUUAAGUCCAUUUAAAUUUGUUAAAGGAUAUAUUAUGAGUCAUUAAUAACUUCAUAAAGAACAGCAAGUGCUUAAUACGAACUUUGGCUUUUAUAGACCAUUUGAUCACAAUCAAAUUGGCAUUAUUUAUUUAAAAAUCUAAAUAAGACAUUAAUCGAUGCCUCCCUAAACAGGCAUCAUAAAUUUAAAAUUUAUUAAUAAUAAAGUCAUUUUAAAAAUUGGUGCGUUUACUUGUCAACUUUUUCCACGCUUGUCACCAUUUUUUGACAUGCCACUUUUUAACACUUCUUGAUAUAGAGGUUCAGCUCAUCUCUUUGAUAGAGUCUGUCUUGCUCGUUCAACAGCCAAUUACAUUUUGUUCGAUAAGAAAUUUAUAUAUGUGUAUGAGCUAUAUAGCAUGCCCAGAAUUUCUCAGACAUAAAUCUAUACAAAUAUCACCGUCAAUACUGAAAAAAGCUGGAAUCAAUGUCCAAAAAGUGGUUCAGCGACCUGGAGAAUACGUCGUGAUUUUCGCUAAAGCGUAUCAUAUGGGCUUCAACUCAGGAUUCAACUGUGCUGAAGCAGUCAACUUUGCAACACCAAAAUGGCUUGAUAUUGCUUCAAACGUUUCACGAUGCCUAUGCGAUCCGGAUACUGUGAAAAUUGAUAUGGAUGAGUUUAAGGCUAAACUAGAAGAAUAUGAAAAUAGAUCAACAAAGAGAAAAUCAGAGCCGAGAAAAAGACAAAAAGUUAGAGCGAAUUAG